AUGUCGAAUGCCAACCCCAAUGACAACAACAACGAGCAGCCCCCAGCCGCCAAGAGGCAGCGAUUGUCAGAUGUUGCAAGUAAAGAUGAAAGUACUUUGAAUGAGAUUUCGACUACUAUGGACAGCAGUGAGGGUGAGGUCGGCGGGUCCUCGGGUGGUGGCGUCUCCGAUCUUCGUGAGCGACUGCAUAACAUACUGGUGUGCGUUGUGUGCCGCGAGGUUCCACAACCACACGACUUCUAUCAGUGCAGCCAUGGGCAUAUCAUGUGUGAGGAUUGCAAGACCGCCGUUCUGGCUGUUGCCAUCUUCAAUAAAACGCGUGCCUGCUGCCCAAGUUGUCGAUCGCUCAUUAGAAACUACGAUCAGGAGCAGAAUCUAGUGGUGCGCCAGACCCUCUGGGAGCUACCCAUCAGCUGCCCCAGCUGCAAUGACCAGUUCUCAGAUAGGAAAGAUCUCUCCAGACACUUGGAGUUCGUUUGUGAGGGGCGUGUGGUUUGCUGCAAGUACCACUGCGUGGGCUGUUCUUGGAAGGGCCCCUACAAGGACAGCGUCUCACAUGAUUCCGACUGUGGGUUUCCCCAGAAGCAGGGAAAGGAGAUCCUAGAUAUGCUGCAUGUCGAGGACAGGGAGCUUGAGGCCCAAAAGCCCGUGUUGCAGCUCCAUCGGGUGCUGAGUGCUAGCCGGGUGGAAUUUUUCACCUUGAGAAUGAAGUGGAUACACCGCUCAGAGGGUUUUGGAGAACCAGAACUCGUCUGCAGCAUACCUCUGAUGAUCUCUUAUCCCGAUCCCCACAGACGAUUCGUGCCUUUGAGGAGGAUUGGGUGCUGCGUCUACAUGCCGCAGAGUGUCUGCAGCGCCAAGCAGCUGCACGACAUACGCCCGCGUAUCUACCGCCAUAUUUUCGAUUCAACCGGCAAGUGCGCAAAGCGCCAGGAGCUUCCCUUGGCGGGACCUCAGGCCCUGUACCGGCUAUUUGCCAUGACCCGGAUCCAGCUCCGUUUGUGGAUGUUUUUGCAUUAUUGA